UGCUGGAUGGUGAAACACGCUAUUACAAAUUGGGGGCUCGUCCAGGAUCUACAUCACCACAUCCUGAUGCUACCAUCAAGAUGUUCCACCAAGGAUAAGUUGUGUUCAUGGUGCAUUGUUAGUCUUCUGCCUCAUGCAGAAUUUCGCAUCUACUCUACAAAGUUGCUUCUUUGCAAAAUCUGACCAGAUUAUUGCUGUGUUCUUUUCAUGGCUUGUAGAAAACUGCCAUGUUGGCAACAAACAUUUUAUAGCUUUCUAUCAACAGUAUUCUAUUUUUAUCUGCUUUAUCUUAGUUUAACACAUCUGUCCUAAGAACAUACUUUAAAGUUUGUGUUUGUAAUUCAAUAAAAUGUGUAAAAUCUCAAAAGAUAUCAUUACUUUUCCCUAAUAACCAGUGAUGUAACUUGUUUACACUUCUUGUAAGUAACCUUUGAUAAUACAAUAUAAAUCAAAUUAAAGACAUUUCAGAUGCUGUUUUGCUUUCAUAGCUGUAUGUCUGCCAGUGUUGAGGUUUUGCCAACUGAGCUAAAGUUCACAGGGUGUUGCAAGCUGACCAGCCAAUGGCAGUAUAGCCCUCUGUCACAGGGGAGACGGUUAACUGGAAAAUGGUCUGUUCCUAAAUUUCCUGUGUUUUUUAAAUGUGGUGGGAGGAGGAGUUAAAAGAAGGAUACCACGUUGCUCCCAAGGACUAGAAAUAUGGCAUGCUCUCAUACAGAUUAAACCCAAAGAGCAACAGAUCCACAACAUCCACUAAAAAACAGAUCUCUUCUUUAUCUUUUCCUUUUUUUUUUUUUCUUCAUGCUUUCAAUGCUUUCAUGGAAGAGAGGAGGCUGACAUGGACAAAGCCUUGAACUCAGAUUCUGUGAUGGACACCCAGGCAGUGUUUGUGGCACUGUACAGCGUAUGUGAAGAAAAUGUGGCUUUCUUUUCGGGUGGAGCCAAGGGGACCCAGGGUGAUGCGGGUCGACGUCUGGUGGAAGCCAUGAAACUGAUCCAUGAACACGCUCGCAGCUUGGAGCCUGUUAUUUCUGGCUUUGCUGCCGUUUAUCAACAUUUUGACUUUGAUCCACACAUACCUGCUAAUGGCUAUCGCUCCCUCGUCAAGGUUGUACGUUGCUGUCUUCUCCACAUCAUCCACAAGGGGCGCUACAUCACAGCCAAUCGUCGCAGCAUCUUCUUUCGGGUAGCGCACAACAUGCGGGAGAUGGAGGCGUACUGCAGUGCGCUUUGUCAGCUGCGUGCCCUGCUCUACUUGGCGCAGCGCAUGCUACAUGACAACAGCCAGGGAAACCUGUUCUUCCAGGAUGAAAGUGGCCUCAGCGAGAGUUUCGUCCGGGAAUACGCCUCCAUGCAUAAAGGAUGCUUCUAUGGCCGCUGCCUUGGUUUUCAGUUUACACCAGCCAUCCGACCAUGUCUUCAGACCAUUGCUAUCGGCCUCGUGGCUUUUGGUGAAAACUACAAGCGUCAUAAGUCAGGAAUAGUGGACGCAGGAGGUAUUGCACCGUAUGGUGUGGCAGCCAGCUCUUUCUUUACCUCGGGCAAGUAUGCCAUCGACCCAGAGCUGAGGGGGGCAGAAUUUGAAAGGAUAACUCAGAACCUGGAUGUACAUUUCUGGAAGGCCUUCUGGAACAUCACAGAGACGGAGGUCCUGUCGCGUCUUGCCAGUAUGACCUCUACUCAAGUCAAGGUGAACAGAGCGCUUUCUGUGCCUCCUGUGUCCUUUGACCUUCCUCUAGCAACAAACCACAGAGAGUCUGUAACGAUAGCUCCACCAUCGGCGCACAUCGGUACCGCUCCUGUUCAGAUGAGACUCAUUUCUUAUGAGUUGCGUGAAGGACAGGACAGCGAGACUCUGCUAUCUCUCUCUCGAUCUGAGGGAGGUGCUAUUUCUCUAUCCCUGGGGUUGAAGACCAAGCGCCUCCCUUCUUCCCCCUGCCUUCUCAUCCACUUCCAUGGGGGAGGCUUUGUGGCACAGACCUCAAAGUCCCACGAGCCUUAUUUGAAGAGCUGGUCCCAGCAACUUGAUGUUCCCAUCCUGUCGGUGGAUUACUCUUUGGCUCCUGAAGCCCCUUUCCCAAGGGCACUUGAAGAGUGUUUCUAUGCCUACUGUUGGGCUCUACGAAACCACCAUCUACUUGGAUGGACUGGAGAGAAAGUGUGUUUGGCUGGUGACAGUGCGGGGGGCAACUUGUGUGUGACCAUGUCGAUGCGCGCCGCUGCUUUUGGCGUACGAAUGCCAGAUGGUCUGGUAGUGGCCUACCCAGCUACGCUGCUGACGGCCUACGCGUCACCCUCCCGUCUGCUUACACUUAUGGAUCCCCUGCUGCCGCUCAGUGUGCUCUCCAGGUGUCUCAGUGCCUACGCAGGUAAUGAGCCGCAGACCGAGAAGCAGGUAGAAAAAGUGAGCACGUUGAGCCUGGUGAGGAGAGAUACAGCCCUGCUGCUGCGAGAUUUCCAACAGGGAGCCUCUAACUGGAUCCAAUCUCUGCUGGAUCCCAACAGAGCAUCAGCCUCCACCAACACAUCUGCCGAGACGACACCAGCAACCCCCGAUACACCGACAAGCGAUACAGUGAGAAAAAGCGUCUCGGCAGCUUCCAUCUCCUCUCCUCACGCUGACCCGCCUGUGCCCAACGAGCCGUCGCCACUGCCCGGCAGAAAAUUAUCUGUGAAGAGCAAGACGUGCCAGGACUUGGAAUCCCACAGCAGUCCCAUCCCCCAGAGUUCUCCGCUGAUGUCUGAGAACGCUGUAGAAGACGUGAGUUUCUUUCUCUGCAGAGACAGUGACCCCUCCAUGUCCGACGACCUGUCCUCUGUGGCCAUCCCGCCCCCGGCUGUAGAGGAGGGAUUGGAGCUGCUGCACCCCAGGGAGUUCCCUCUGGGCUUUGAGCCGCUGCGCUCGGAGCAGCUCGCUGAAAUGAGGAUGCAGAGCUCUCCGGUCGUCAAGGAUCCUUUUUGCUCACCUCUUCUGGCUCCUGACAGUAUGCUGAAGGGGCUGCCGCCUGUACACAUAGUGGCUUGUGCGUUGGACCCCAUGCUGGACGACUCUGUGAUGUUUGCCAAGCGUCUGAGGAGCAUCGAGCAGCCCGUCACUCUGUGCGUGGUGGACGACCUCCCCCACGGCUUCCUCAGCCUCUCGCAGCUCUCCAGGGAGACGAGGGAGGCCGCCAACAUUUGCGUGGAGCGAAUCCGCUCUGUCUUCAACCAGGAGGACACCCCUCCGGAGCCACGCAAGCACCGCAAGCUGGAGCGGACCGACAGGGGGGAACUAGGACCUUCUAGAGAAACCGGUGCUCUCCUUCCCGACCCCAUUGAUGACCCAGAGGCAGCUGUCGGGAGAGGGUCUAAAAUCUCUGAUGGGGAGGGCUUGGUUGCUGUGGCAGCCCAAAAUAACACUGACGCCGGUGGCAUUGGGGCUUAAA